CCCACUCCAGCCGCCCCGCAAUCGGCUGUUACUCACAGCGCCAUAUGUCACGAUGAUUAAAUGGCGUGCUCUGCGUCGAAAUGUAUUCCGCCACCAUCUUACCACGCCUCCCACCUAGCAUCUUAAGCUGCACCAGCUACCCGCCAUGGCUCCCGACAGAGGCGACGGCGUCAACGACGAAGUCAACGGCCUCGACCAUGAGGCGUCCGAAGACAUCACUGACAGGCCGGUUGGUCAAGAGCCUUCCUCCGCCUUCCUGGCAAAGAGGAGCGAGCAGCCUCAAUUCACCAUCCGCGCUCUCCUGCUAGGCCUGCUAAUCGGCGUCCUCAUCGCCUUUUCCAACACCUACUUCGGUCUUCAGACGGGAUGGAUCAGUGGGAUGGCGAUGCCGAGUGCCUUGGUCGGCUUUGCAUACUUCCGAGGCCUUAGAAGUGCAAUGGGAAGACUUGGAGAUGGUUUCAAAAGAUACGGGCUCGGUGAGGGAUUCAGUGAGGUGGAGAAUGUGCUGGUGCAGACCGUCGCCGGCUCCGUGGGCACAAUGCCGUUAGGAUGUGGAUUUGUGGGGGUCAUUCCGGCGCUCGAGUUUCUAUUGAAACCCUCUGAGACGCCAGAAUCGAAUUCCACAGACCCUGAUAUCAUCUCCGCGCUUGCAUUGGGAGAGGAUAGGGGCGGUGUUCGACUUCCUCUUGGCAAGCUGAUCAUAUGGGCCCUGGGCUUGUGCUUCUUCGGGGUUGUGCUUGCGGUACCUCUGCGAAAGCAGGUCAUUGUGCGCGAAAAGCUCCGAUUCCCAUCUGGCACUGCUACGGCUUUGAUGAUUGGAGUAUUGCAUGGAGGAGAAAAGACUGGUGAAGAAGGGAAUAUUGAGCAGCAGUGGGCGCGCGAACGACGGGCGGCGGGCGGGGAUGGCGACGAAGAAAGUCGCGCUUUGAUUGCGAACGCCUCACCGCCGAGUUCUGAACAUGAUGUCUAUGCGCGAGAUGACGAUCAUCACAGAGAGGACAGUGCCGACAAAAAGGACUGGCUGGCUCAAAUCCGUCUGCUCUUAUAUGCCUUCUUGGUGAGCGGAAUAUACACAUUGGUGUCGUAUUUCGUCCCUCAGCUACAUUCCAUUCCUAUCCUGGGCUCGUAUCUCUCUUCGGUGUGGCUUUGGAAUCUCAACCCCAGCCCGGCAUACGUGGGGCAGGGCAUUAUCAUGGGCCCGGCGACGACCAUCCACAUGUUCCUUGGCGCCGUACUGGGCUGGGCUGUCCUAUCACCAUUGGCCAAAUUCCAAGGCUGGGCGAGCGGCGAUGUGAGCGACUGGGAGCGAGGCUCCAAAGGUUGGAUUGUCUGGAUCAGCUUGGCUAUUAUGCUGGCAGACUCGAUCGUCAGUCUUGGAUGGUUGGUUCUCAGGCCACUCAUCGGGUACACCUGGGUGUAUGCGCCGUUCGUUGCCGACAAAGUUCGUCGGAAGGGCCUACGACGUGCCGUCACAGACCUCUUUCGCCCUUCACGCCAUGCAUACAGCCGGGUAGGAGAAGACAACCUGACUUUAGCUAAGAGCAAGUCAUCCCCCUUCGAGGACGACGAAGAAAACUACGACGCGCCUCCCGAGCACCAAAUCGGCGUCACAAGAACACUCAUCGGCCUCGUCCUAACACUGGGCUUCUGCAUCUUUGCAGUCCAGUAUUCCUUCGCUGGUAUCAUCCCAAUCAAGCUCACCAUCUUAUCGCUCAUCCUGGCCAUGUUCUUGAGCGUCAUGGCCGUGCGAGCCCUAGGCGAGACCGACCUCAACCCCGUCAGUGGCAUCUCCAAAUUGACCCAACUCAUCUUCGCCCUCGUGACCCCCAAGGGAAGCAAAAACGCCGUGGUCAUCAACCUUUUGGCUGGUGGAAUUUCGGAGGCUGGUGCUUUGCAGGCCGGCGACCUGCUUCAGGAUCUCAAGUGCGGCCAUCUCCUCGGCGCCAGCCCGAAAGCGCAAUUCUAUGGGCAGUUGAUUGGUAGUGGCGUUGGUGCAGUGGUGAGCGCCGCGGUGUACAAGCUGUACACGAAAGUCUACACCAUCCCCGGCGGGCUCUUCCAAGUGCCAACGGGGUUUGUUUGGGUCUUCACCGCGCGACUUGUGACUGGCGAAGGCCUGCCCGAUCGAGUUGGGGCAUUCGCCGUUGCGGCCUUCGCCAUUUGGUCUGUGCUCACUGCUCUUCGGAUCUAUGGGCAAUCUAAGAGGAAUGCGGAUGGGUCGAAGGGCGCGCCGUGGGUGGCUUAUGUGCCUGGGGGAAUUGCCGUGGCCGUCGGCAUGUACAACACGCCUUCGUUCACGCUGGCGCGUACGGUUGGAGGGUUGAUUGCGUGGGUGUGGACUCGCUGGUACAAGAGAGAGGAGACGAGGGUGAUUGUGUUGGCAUCGGGGCUCAUCCUCGGCGAAGGCAUUGUGAGCAUAGUGAAUCUUGGGUUGGCCAGCGCGCAUGCGCCACAUUUGUGAGGGCAAGAAUGUACUGUGCAUUUAC